AUGAGGAGCGCGCUGCGCUCCGAGCGCCCGGCCUCGGCCCGCGGGAGGUCGUUUAGUUCUGCUGAAGCUGUGUUCUCCCACUGCAAAACAGAGCAUCAGUUUGAUGUUAGUGAUGUGAUCCAGAAACACGGACUCAAUUUUUAUGGAUACAUUAAACUAAUAAACUUUGUCAGAUUAAAGAAACCAUCUGGAGAAUAUUUAAGUUCUCUUAGCAGUCCACUGCCUUGGGAAGGAGAGGAGUAUUUGAAACCAGAACUGGAAGAUGAUCUCCUGCUUCAGUUUGACAUAGAAGAUCUUUGUGAACCUGUGAAAGUUUUGCCUUCUAAUGGUUUAAGUGAUACCAUGGUGCUCCUUGAACAAUUAAAACAUGCGGAACACAGAGCCAGAGCUGCAGAAGCAGCCUUGGCUAGAGCACAAGAUGAUCUUCAGAAAAUGAAACAAUUUGCUCAGGAUUUUGUGAUGAACACAGAUGUCAGGAGCAGCUCGUCAUCCAGUGCCAUUGCAGACCUUCAGGAGGACGAUGAUGGCGUUUACUUCAGCUCCUAUGGGCAUUAUGAGAUACACGAAGAGAUGCUAAAGGAUAAAGUCCGUACGGAGAGCUAUCGUGACUUCAUCUAUCAAAACCCACAUAUCUUCAAGGACAAGGUGGUUUUGGAUGUCGGCUGUGGAACUGGAAUACUCUCCAUGUUUGCUGCCAAAGCAGGUGCCAAGAAAGUGAUUGGAGUUGACCAAUCUGAAAUCAUCUAUCAGGCCAUGGACAUCAUUAGAUUAAAUAAACUUGAAAAGAUUAUUACAUUAGUCAAAGGAAGAAUUGAGGAAGUUGAUCUGCCUUUGGAAAAAGUGGACAUAAUUAUAUCUGAGUGGAUGGGUUAUUUCCUUCUCUUUGAGUCAAUGCUGGAUUCUGUCAUCUAUGCAAAGGACAAGUACCUGGCAGAGGGAGGCUCAGUUUAUCCUGACCUGUGUACCAUCAGUCUGGUAGCUGUUGGGGAUAUGAAUAAACACGUGGACAAACUGCUUUUCUGGGAAGAUGUGUAUGGCUUUGACAUGUCUUGUAUGAAGAAAGCUGUCAUUCCAGAAGCUGUUGUUGAGGUGCUGGAUCCAAACACACUGAUAUCUACAGCCAGUGUUAUUAAGCAUAUCGACUGUAAUACUGCAUCCACUCCAGACUUGGAAUUCUCUUCAGAUUUCACCCUGAGCAUUACAGUGAGCACACAAUGUACGGCAAUUGCUGGUUACUUUGAUGUAUUUUUUGAGAACUGCCACAACAAGGUCUUGUUUUCAACUGGUCCCCAGUGUACCAAAACACACUGGAAACAGACGAUUUUUCUCCUGGAGAAGCCAAUUCCUGUAGAAGCAGGAGAGGCCCUGAGAGGAAAGAUCACAGUCCGCAAAAAUAGAAAGGAUCCACGAUCCCUCUUCAUCACCCUCUCAGUGAAGGACGCACAGCAGACCUACAGCCUUCAGUGAAACUCUGUGCAUGUCUGGGAGGGGUUCCAUUAAAAUGCUGCAUCUGACUGCUGAUAACUGUUCUGAAAUAUGCAAAAAUGGUAAACUCUUGGGUUUCUGUGUGUGUGCACACAAGAAUAUGGAAAAGUUACCUACAACUGAGAUAUACAACAAAAUCUGAUUCUGCUGCUUUACAUGGUGUGAGGAAAGCAAGAAGGAUGGUUUGGGUUACCUGAGGCUGCUAGGUGAGAGAAAAAAUGAGCCUAAGGUCUUGCUGUAAGGUACAAAAAAUAUGAUCUCUCAAUAAUGUUUUAUUCUUCCACUGGCAAAAUGCUUGUAUAGUAUUUUCUUUAUGAAAGAAGCAGCUAAAUCAUGUGUCUGUGCACUUCAGCAGUAGCUGGAAAAUCCCAGUGGGAAUAAGUUGGGAAUUCCAACUGCAGGAUUGCUGCAACAAAGUUGGUAUUUUUAUUACACUUCUGCAGUUGAAAAGUUGUACACAUUUUAGUUACAUUUGUCUAAAUAAAUGAACCCAGCGUGAUAUAUAAUGCA